AUUCCCGUCGGCCAUUGCGGCCACUGACCAAUGUCGGCAUCAGAAAGGAGCGACGGGGCUAUCAAAGUAAAAAUAAAACACCACCAUGCCAAAUCAUUCAUCGAUAUUGACUAGGAAGGCAUACCACAACAAGAGACGAUGUGUCAUCGGCUGGGAGAUGUUAUGAAACUGUGCUGCGAGUUGUCUGCUGAUCAGCAGAUUCAGACCACGGUGAAGGGGUCUGGAAAGGGGGCAGCUGCAGCCGGAGGCUUGGCCUUCGCCGGAGGUCUGGUCGGGGGUCCUCUCGGAAUCGCGGUGGGUGGGGCUGUCGGAGGCCUGCUGGGGUGCUGGCUGACCAGCGGCCAGUUCAAACCUCUCCCGCAGGUCAUCAUGGAGCUGAGUCCCCAGCAGCAGCAACAGCUGUACGCCGACAUGGUCGCCAUCCUGGGGGGCGUUCAUUGGACUGAUGUGGCCCAGCUCACGGCUCUCGUGAUGAGCAACAGCAGCCUGAAGCAGCAACUCACCGCUGCCCUUCUUGGCUAUAUCACCAAGGAGCUUCAGGCAAACGUGCAUUAUGUGGAUUAGCGUCUCCAGGUCCACUGAUUGCAUAUUGUGACUUAAAAAUAGUAUUGUGGCGUCGGACGGAUCGACAAAGAUUUUUUUUUUACUUUAAAAUCCUCUAAAGCAGGGGUCACCAACGGGCACCAGGUAGCCCGUAAGGACCAGAUGAGUCGCCCGCUGGCCUGUUCUAAAAAUAGCUCAAAUAGCAGCACUUACCAGUGAGCUGCCUCUAUUUUUUAAAUUGUAUUUAUUUACUAGCAAGCUGGUCUUGCUUUGCUCGACAUUUUUAAUUCUAAGAGAGACAAAACUCAAAUAGAAUCUGAAAAUCCCAGAAAGUAUUUUAAAGACUUGGUGUUCACUUGUUUAAAUAAAAUCAUUUAUUUUUUUACUUUGCUUCUUAUAACUUUCAGAAAGACAAUUUUAGAGAAAAAAUACAACCUUAAAAAUUAUUUUAGGAUUUUUAAAAACAUAGACCCUUUUACCUUUUAAAUUCCUUCCUCUUCUUUCCUGACAAUUUAAAUCAAUGUUCAAGUAUAUAUAUAUUUUUUUUAUUGUAAAGAACAACAAAUUCAUUUUAGCUUCUGUUUUUUUGACGAAGAAUAUUUGUGAAAUAUUUCUUCAAACUUCUUAUGAUUAAAAUUCAAAAUAAUUAUUCCGGCAAAUCUAGAAAAUGUGUAGAAUCAAAUUUAAAUCUUAUUUCAAAGUCUUUUGAAUUUCUUUUAAAAUUUUUGUUCUGGAAAAUCUAGAAGAAAUACUGAUUUUUCUUUGUUAGAAAUAUAGCUUGGUCCACUUUGUUAUAUAUUCUAACAAAGUGCAGAUUGGAUUUUAACCUAAUUAAAACAUGUCAUCAAAAUUCGAAAAUUAAUCUUAAUCAGGAAAAAUUACUAAUGAUGUUCCAUAAAUAAUUUUUUUAAUUUUUUUUCAAAAAGAUUCGAAUUAGCUAGUUCUUCUUUUCAUAUUUUCCGGUUGAACUUUGACUUUUAAAGAGUCGUAAUUGAAGAUAAACAAUGUUUUAAAAUUUAAUUUUAAUUUUUUUCUUGUUUUCUCCUCUUUUAAACCGUUCAAUUCAUUGUAUUUUUCAUCAUUUAUUCUCUACAAAAAAACCUUCCGUAAAAGGAAAAAAAAUGUGCGACGGAAUGACAGACAGAAAUACCCAAUUUUUUAUAUAUAUAAAUUUAUUUAUUAAAGGUAAAUUGAGCAAAUUGGCUAUUUCUGGCAAUUUAUUAAAGUAUGUAUCAAACUGGUAGCCCUUCGCAUUAACCAGUACCCAAGAAGCAGCUCUUGGUUUCAAAAAGGUUGGUGACCCCUGCUCUAAAGGCUUAGUUGUCCACAUGUGUGGACAGCACCUUUUAGCUCUUAUUUCCAAAAUUGUGUACACUACUGAAUUGGGGUCUUUUGGCCCUUAAAGGCCUACUGAAAGCCACUACUACCGACCACGCAGUCUGAUAGUUUAUAUAUCAAUGAUGAAAUAUUAACAUUGCAACACAUGCCAAUACGGCCUUUUUAGUUUACUAAAUUGCAAUUUUAAAUCUACCGGGAGUUUCUUGUUGAAAACGUCGCGGAAUGAUGACGUGUACGCGUGACGUCACGGACUGUCAGGAAAUAUUAGCGCUGCGCAUGUGAGGCCUGUGUGGCAUUGUGAUGCCGGAUUGGUUCUUCCAGGGAUGCGUCGAAGCGAUGAACACAAAAAGGUAAGAUAUAAAUGGCUUUAUUAAAGUAAUAAAAGGCUAGGAACCAAAACACAAGAGCUAAGGAAAAAGGCAAACAAAAGACGCUAGCGUGAAAGCUAGGAUAAACCAGUAGGAAAAUAAAACUGGCACGUAGGCACCAAAGAGAAUACAAACAACUAGCGUGAAAGCUAGGAAUACAAUAAACGUAGCGUGAGAGCUAACGACAGAGGGCAUGAACAAACAAGACAUCACUGUUGCACCAGGGCAAAUUAGGAUCUGAGAGUGAACAAAGAAAAGAGGAAGGCUUAAAUAGUGAAGGUGAUUAUUACAACAGGUGUAGCAGCUGAAACUAAUAGUUAACCAUGGUGAUGGACUAAACGGGAAAUAAACGGGUCAGAACGGAGAAUGAAAACACAGAUGGAAAUAUAAACAGCAUGUGAAGAGCGCAGUAACGGAUCGUAACAGCGCACACACACAGUUAAAAGUCGUCUGCUUUAACUGCAUAAUUACACAGUAUUCUGGACAUCUGUGUUGCUGAAUCUUUUGCAAUUUGUUCAAUUAAUAACGGAGAAGUCAAAGUAGAAAGAUGGAGUCGGGAAGCUUUAACCUUAAGCCACACAAACACACGGUGAUUCCUUGUUUUAAAUUCCCGGAGGUGAAACUUUACUAUGGAUCAGAGUGGUUAAGCGAACAUGGAUCCCGACAACAGGUCAACCGGCAGUUUUCAGUGAGAAAAUUGUGGUAAUAAGUCGCCUCUUACCGGAGAUAAACACUAGCACUAGCACUCACUAAAACACUAGCAACACAAUAGAAAGAUAAGGGAUUCCUCAGAAUUAUCCUAGUAAAUGUGUCUAAAAACUGUCCCAAUGCAAUUUUUUUUUUAACUUGAUUUUUUUUUUUUUUUUUUCCUAGUCCGUCGCUAUCAAUAUCCUCAAACACAAAUCUUUCAUCCUCGCUCAAAUUAAUGGGGAAAUUGUCGUUCUCUCGGUCCGAAUAGCUCUUUUUGUUGGAGGCUCCCAUUAAAAACAAUGUGGGGAUGUGAGGAUCCCUCAGCGGGGGACGUCAUCGUCUGCGAUUUCCCGGUAAAGGCAGGGCUUUUCUGUUAGCGACCAAAAGUUGCAAACUUUAUGGUGGAUGUUCUCUACUAAAUCCUUUCAGCAAAAAUAUGGCAAUAUCGCGAAAUGAUCAAGUAUGACAUAUAGAAUGGACCUGCUAUCCCCGUUUAAAUAAGAAAAUCUCAUUUCAGUAGGCCUUUAAGUGGACACUUAUACUGUCAUCUGGUGGUUUCAGAAGAAUAUAACACAAUGGAAUUUGGAGAAAAAAAAGUGUAAAAAUAAGAAUUAGCUUGUCACUAAACAUUAAGUACAUGUUUGUUACUUAUGGACUAAGUAUCUCAUGUAAAAAUAUGAAUCUUGGUUUUUAUUCUUAUCAGGGUCCAAUAGGCAAAGAAAAUUAAAAAAGCAUGUAAACAAACAGCUUGGGCCUUAAAAGGUUAAGAUGUAAAAAAAAAUGGACUUGCAAAUGGCACACAUACUUGUUCAACAGCCAUACAUGUCACACUAAGGGUGCUCACAAACAUGUGCCACAUUGUGACACCACACCAAACAAGAACGACAAACACAUUUUGGGAGAACAUCCGCACCGAAACAAACACGACAGAACAAAUACCCGGAACCCCUUGCAUCACUAACUCUUCCGGGGAAGCUACAGUUUCUAUUAGCCACACUGGCUUUUUGCUGAGAACACGUGUGAAUUGUGCCAUUGUGUACAUAUAUUUAUUGUGAAAUCACUAAGUUAGGAACUGUUAUGUAUUCACUUAUGAAUGCACUACACAUGAAUUGUUCUUAGUUAUCAUUUACUUAACAUCUUGUAGCACACACACAAGAUUUGGGACACUCUUCUUCUACUGCUAAGUGACGUAGACAGGAGCCAACCUGGAGCCAACAAGUGCGCCAUCUAUCGGCCUAUCUUUUGUAAGCGUUAUCUCUCAAGGGAGCCGACAUAAAUGUAUCCAUGGGUUAAUAAAAUAUUAUCUAUGACACCACAUGAACACACCCUGGCCGUAGCUGGAAAUGACACAAAAGAAUAAGAUAUUAUAUAUAUAUAUAUAUAAUUUUUUUUGUCUUGAAAAAGGGAGGUUUUUUUUGGGUUGGUGCUCUAAUUGUAAGUGUAUCUUGUGUUUUUUUAUGUUGAUUUAAUAAAAUAAAAUAAAAAAUAAUUAAAAAAUAUAUAAAUAUUCUGCGGCCCGGUACCAAUCGAGCCGGUGGUUGGGGACCACUGCAGUAGAGUACAUAAAUAUGAACCAUUUUUGUAUGCAAAAAAAAAAAACCCCAAACUAUGAAAAUGGUCAAUAUUUUAUCUAACACUGGUCAUUUAUGUGAUUUCCACAUUAAGUAAAUACUCGAUUCAACAUCCGAGAAAAUGUGGUUGGCGUGGGAAUGCUUCUGUAUAUUUAUUUGUAUUUAUUUUGGAUCAUUUUGACUAUCUUGAUAAGAGGAAAGUUGUGUUCAAAUAAGUGAAUUUACUAUUGGAUAGACUUUAUCUCACAAAGGAAAAUACUGUGGUUGCAGUGCAGAUUUAAAUUACAGUAAAAAAAAAAAAAAAAAAGUAUAGCAAUGGAAAACUGAAAAUGAGUUGUAACACAAUUGCCACACAUAUAUAUAUAUAUAUAUAUUAAAUAUAUUGUACACUGAUUGGACAAAUUUACAAAUAACAGAUGUGUACUAGUCUGAGCUGAAUAAAGACAUCCUUUCUGUAA